UCUUCGCAGUACCAGGUUGCACUCCCUGAGGGGAAUAAAGGAGGCUGCUCUCGCCAGACCCUCGGCUGCUGCUCCCGCGCAGAGCUGUGCACCUUUCAAUGCCGCCGUUGGCUUUCUCACGAAUGGCAGACAGGCAGUAUGAACAGGGGCGCCACCGUCCGUGACAGGAACGUCCGUGAAUGAAGGAUUUAUUUGAAAGUGAGUUACAAAGAGAGAGAAGGAGAGGCAGAGAGAGAAGAAAAGAGGUCUUCCAUCCACUGGUUCACUCCGCAGUUGGCCACAACAGCCAGAGCUGUGCUGAUCUGAAGCCAGGCACCAGGAGCUUCUUCCAGGUCUCCCAUGCAGACAGAGACUGAUAGCUUCCACCUGCUGGAUCACUUCCCAAAUGCCUGCAACAUCUAUGGCUGGGCCAGGCUGAAGCUAGGGGCCUGUAACUCAAUCUAGAUGUCUCACAUGAGCGGCCAGGACCUGAAUACUUGAACCAUCAUCACCUGCUCUCCCACAGCUCUACCUCCACAGGCUCUGUACUUUCCUGGAAAGAAGAGGAAAUGACUGAAUCCCAGGGAACAGUGACAUUCAAAGAUGUGGCUAUUGACUUCACCCAGGAGGAAUGGAAGCAGCUGGAUCCCACUCAGAGGAAUCUCUACCGGAACGUGAUGCUAGAGAACUAUAACAACUUAAUCACAGUGGGCUACCCAUUCACCAAACCUGAUGUGAUUUUCAAGUUGGAACAAGAAGAAGAACCAUGGGUGGUAGAGGAAGAGGCACUAAGGAGACACUGUCCAGGAGACAUAUGGGGAAUUGAUGAGUAUCAGAAAAACCAGGACAGACUUUUGAGACAAGUUUUAAAGAAAACACUGACUGAAGAAAAAGUCAAUGAAUGCUCUAAGAAAUUCGCAAAUGCAUUUCCUUUGAACGCAGAUUUUAUUUCUUCCAGACAUAAGCUCUAUGAAUAUGACUUAUUUGGAAAGUGUUUAGAACAUAAUUUUUACUGUCAUGAUAAUGUGAAAUGCCUUAUAAAAAAGGAACAUUGUGAAUAUAAUGAAGCUGGAAAAUCAUAUGGCUAUGGUUCAUCCCAUCUUGGAGUAACCCCCUUUAAGUGUAAUCAUUGUGGAAAAGGCUUCAGUCAAACAUUGGACCUCAUCAGACACCUGAGAAUUCAUACCGGAGAGAAGCUUUAUGAAUGUAAUGAAUGUAGGAAAACCUUCAGCCACAAGGAAAAACUCAUUAAACAUCAUAAAACCCACAGCAGGGAGCUUUCUUAUGAAUGUAAUGAAUGUGGAAAAACUUUCAUUAAAAUGUCAAACCUCAUUAGACAUCAAAGAAUUCAUACGGGAGAGAAACCCUAUGCAUGUAAGGAAUGUGGGAAAUCCUUCAGCCAGAAGUCAAAUCUCAUCGAUCAUGAAAAAAUUCAUACUGGAGAGAAGCCUUAUGAAUGUAAUGAGUGUGGAAAAGCAUUCAGCCAGAAACAAAGCCUCAUUGCACAUCAGAAAGUUCAUACUGGAGAGAAACCAUAUGCAUGUAAUGAAUGUGGCAAAGCCUUCCCUCGAAUUGCAUCCCUUGCUCUUCAUAUGAGAAGUCAUACAGGAGAAAAACCUUAUAAAUGUGAUAAAUGUGGGAAAGCCUUCUCUCAGUUUUCCAUGCUUAUUAUACAUGUAAGAAUUCAUACAGGUGAGAAACCUUACGAAUGUAAUGAGUGUGGAAAAGCCUUCUCUCAAAGCUCAGCCCUUACUGUACAUAUGAGAAGUCACACUGGUGAGAAACCCUAUGAAUGUAAGGAAUGUAAAAAAGCCUUCAGCCACAAGAAGAACUUCAUUACACACCAGAAAAUUCAUACUAGAGAGAAACCUUAUGAAUGUAAUGAAUGUGGGAAAGCCUUCAUUCAGAUGUCAAAUCUUGUUAGACACCACAGGAUUCAUACUGGAGAAAAACCCUAUAUAUGUAAGGAAUGUGGCAAAGCAUUUAGCCAGAAAUCAAAUCUCAUUGCUCAUGAAAAAAUUCAUUCUGGAGAGAAACCUUAUGAAUGUAAUGAAUGCGGUAAAGCCUUCAGCCAAAAGCAGAACUUUAUUACACAUCAGAAAGUUCAUACUGGAGAGAAACCUUAUGAUUGCAAUAAAUGUGGUAAAGCCUUCUCCCAAAUUGCAUCCCUUACACUUCAUUUGAGAAGUCACACGGGGGAAAAGCCUUAUGAAUGUGAUAAAUGUGGGAAAGCCUUUUCCCAGUGCUCACUGCUAAAUUUACACAUGCGAAGUCAUACAGGUGAGAAGCCUUAUGUGUGUAAUGAAUGUGGAAAAGCCUUCUCUCAACGGACUUCCCUUAUUGUGCAUAUGAGAGGCCAUACAGGUGAGAAACCUUAUGAAUGUAAUAAAUGUGGAAAAGCCUUCUCUCAAAGCUCAUCCCUUACUAUACAUAUACGAGGACAUACAGGUGAGAAACCCUUUGACUGUAGCAAAUGUGGAAAAGCCUUCUCUCAGAUUUCAUCCCUUACUCUUCAUAUGAGAAAACAUACAGGUGAGAAGCCCUAUCAUUGUAAUGAGUGUGGCAAAGCUUUUAGCCAAAAGUCACACCUUGUUAGACAUCAGAGAAUUCAUACUCAUUAGAAGCCCUGCAAAUAUCAUAAAAAUGAGAAAGCUUUCAGAAGGAACGAACAUCUCAUUGCACAUUACAUAAUAGGUUCUAGAACAGAAAACUAUGAAUAUGGGAAAGCCUUUUGAAGAAGUCACAAAUUUAGGAAACACUAGAAAAGUCUUGCCAAAGUGACAAUGUGUUUAAUGAGAAAGCUGAUCAAAAACAUUCAGCAGAGAUCCUAUUUGUUUAUAAUGCAUAGUCAGCAUUCUCAUUAAAGCCUGAAACAAGAUGUCUGCUGUCAACAUACUUGAGUUCCUAGCCAAUGUAUUAAGAAAAAAGAUUGAAGAAAUUAUAAAAUGACCUUAUAUGAGAAAUAGUUAAUCAGAAAAAAGUGUUGAUAACAAUAGCUAAGAAUAAACACAAUUAAUUUUAUAUGUAUAAAGUUAUAAAAUGUUAAUGGCACAAAAGAACACCUUAAAAUAGAAAAAGAUGACAUUACUUCUGAAAAGACUUGCCAUUAUAAAAAUGUGACUUCUCUCCCAACUGAGUUUAAUGUACUUCCACCAGUUAUAUUUUAAGGAAUUUCAGAAACUGAUUCAAAAGGUAAAGGACCAUAAAUAGUUGAAGCCUGUUUGACAAAACAAAACAAAUAGAGAAGACAUACUCAACUACAGGUCAUCACAUUUUAUUUAAAGCUGUUGUCAUUUAAACUGGGUAACUGAGUGGAUAAAUAAAUGAAUCAGUGGCAACAACUGAGGAUUGCUACAAAAAUUCAAGAAGAUACGGGCAUUCUAUGGAUGAUGGUGCUACUGACAUCAGUGGGGAAAAGAUUAAUUAUUCAGUAAAUGGAAGAGUCAUAUGAGCAAAAAUGUUAGGUCUCUACCUUAUACUAUAUAUAAAGAUAAAAUCUAAAAGAUUGAAGACCAGAAUAUAAAAAUAAAUUCUAAAAUUAUAAUAGAAUAUAUUUAUUUCUUUUAAGUAAUAGAAUUUCUUAAAAUGCAUAUAAAUAUGGAAUAAUCAA